UGGCUGGUCUUUGGCUAGAAGAGGAGUGGCGAUGUCUAACAGGCUCACUGGAGGAGUUUGCUUUAUUAUUUUCCCCCCACUGCUGUUCAUUAUCUGUGCACUCUGAGGGGAGGAAAAACCAUGCAGAAAUCAGAACAGGCUGAAUCAGAGUUGAAGCUCUGCGCGGUGGCUCAGAGUCAGGAAUGAUAAGCUAAAGAACUCUCUCUAUAUAUAUUUUAAAGCUGCAAAAGGAAAUAUCAUAUUGCAUUAUAGAAACUUCCCUAAUAUAGUUGCUUUGGGAACAUGGAUCAGCAAACAACAAGCCCAGACACUUUGACUGUACCUGAAGUGGAUAAUCCGCAUUGUCAGAACCCAUGGCUCAACGAGGAUCUUGUGAAGACACUGCGGGAAAACCUGUUGCAGCAUGAAAAGCUCAGGACGUCCAGGAAGUCUUCUUCCAUCUCUCCUAAACUGUCACCGGUCAUUUCUCCCAGGAAUUCUCCAAGGCUUUUGCGCAGGAUGCUUUUGAACAGCAACAUACCGAAACAGCGGCGGUUCACUGUGGCACAUACCUGUUUUGACGUCGACAAUGGCACCUCAUCGGGACGGAGUCCCUUGGAUCCCAUGACGAGCCCAGGCUCAGGGCUGAUUCUCCAGGCUAACUUUGUUCACAGUCAACGUAGAGAAUCCUUUCUCUACCGGUCAGACAGCGAUUAUGACCUCUCUCCAAAGUCCAUGUCCAGGAACUCCUCCAUUGCCAGUGAUAUACAUGGAGAUGACUUGAUUGUGACACCAUUUGCUCAGGUGCUGGCCAGCUUACGUACUGUACGGAAUAAUUUUGCUGCAUUAACCAAUUUACAGGAUCGAGCACCCAGCAAACGGUCACCCAUGUGUAACCAACCAUCCAUCAACAAAGCAACCAUAACAGGUAAGACAGAUUAA